AUGGCAACUCUGAGUUUGAAGGCAGCUCAGAGAUAUUCUGUUCCAGACUGGUUCUCCAACAAUAACCAGAUCUCAACCAAUUCAGAAAGACAACGUUAUAUGUCGCAUCAGAUCCGCCAGGAAGGUCGGGCCCUACGGAAUGAAACUAACAACCAGACUAAAUGGGACCAAGAAGAUAACAGCACCAGACUCGCUGAACGUAUGGAUGAGGUGGAGCGGUGGAAAGAUGUUCUAGAGAACACUCUUUGUGACAUUAACGUUGAGAUCGAUGCUUUAACCAAAAGUAAGGAGGAAGCAGAACGUGCUUUAGAAGCUAAGAAUCUGAACCUGGAUGUUGUCAUUGAGAAUCUGACCUUACGGGAAGGACGGCAAGACAUUGAUCUUGUGACGGACCAAGUGCACGAACAGCUUCUUAAGGAAGUUGAGGUGAUCGAAGGCUCAAAGAAAGCGCUUCAGCAGAAAAUCACUGAAGCCUUUGAACAGCUCUGUUUGUUAAUGGAAGCUCGUCAACAGCUGAUCUUUGAUAUCAGCAAUAAAAAGGAAGCUUUGAAAAUUGAUGAAGUUGCCUUGUCACUCAACAAUAAUUCCCCAAACAUUUCGUUCAAACCAAACCCACUACGCAUCCCUCCAGGAUCCACCACGAAACAGCAAUGGGAUAUGUUCAGUCGAUACAACAAGGAUCGUGCAGAAGCAGAGAUGAAAGCCUCAACCAGUCUCCGUGAAGCAAUUUCUGCCACUAUUAAAUACACUGAUAAUGAAAUAGAGGCACAGCGAGUUGCCACUGACUUUGCCUUCAGGAAGAGAAUCCAUGAGUUUGAACAGGCGCUUAGUGAAUUGAAAUGGCAGGAGAAAAAUAUCUUGGAGGACAUCGCAGAUCUUGAGGAAGAUAUUCGACAUCUUGAAGCAGAUCUUCGAGCUAAGGCAGCUCCUUUGAAGGUGGCUCAUACGAGACUUGAAACUCGUACCUACAGACCUAAUGUUGAUCUCACCAGAGAUGAAGCACAGUAUGGACUGGUGGAUGAGGUUCAUCAGUUGGAGGGCACCAUCGAUGCACUCAAACAGAAGCUUGCCCAAUCUCAGGAUGCUUUGACUUCACUGCAAAAACAACUUGCACGAAUACAAGAGGAUAUCGGCUUCAAGACUCAUUCAUUGUGUCUUGAUAAACAUAGCAUGGAUGUUAGAGCAAAACUAACCACUCCACCUGAGAAAUAUGUGUCAAAGACAGAUAGCUUUCCCCGCACGCCCAACCGACAACUAUCAGAAAUCAAAUGCAGGCAACUUGAAUUAUUAUAA